AUGGAAAAUAUAAACAAAAAAGACAUUUUUGUAAAUUAUUUAAAAAUGUGCAAUAAAAAUGAUAUGGCUAGAGCAGUAAUGAAAUACUGUGAUGAAGAUCACGGAAUAGUUUUUAAUAAACAUCCUGCUAGAAAUGAGAACAAAUUUGGGAAAAUAUAUGAUUUUUCAGUUUCUGAACUAUCAAAAAUAACAAAUGUUUCAAAUUCUUCAGAUGAUUCAAAAAAAAUGAUGAAACAAAAGAGCCAUAAUAGUUUUGAUAGAAUAGUGCAGUCUAAAUGUUUUUAUAAAAGUAAAAUAUCGUUCAAAGAUUUACAAAAAGUUGGGGGACAAAAGAAUGCUAAAACACGUUUUAACAAAAUUCAGAGGGACAAUGAAGGAGAAAAAGAAAAUGACCCUAUUUCUGAAAUUAUUAAUGAUAUGUGUGAAAUCAUUGCACCCGAAGGAAAAGGGAAAUUUCUAAAAUUUAUAGGAGAAAAUUAUGGAACUUAUAAUUGUUAUCCUAUUGAAUUGCUUAAGUUAAAUCGUUCUUAUUUAAAGAAAAACUCACUGUACAAUUUUAGUUUUAACUACAAAGACAUAGCAUUAAAUCAUACAAGAAAUGUUUUAAAAUCGAAAAAUAAUGCUCUUCAGAAAGACGUCAUUUUAACGGAAAAAAAUAAACAAUCCGACCAAUUUCAUUAUUUCUCUAAAGAUAUGGAUUAUUUGAAAGAUUACAUAAUAAACGAUAGCAAAAAUAACACAGGAGAGGAAAUAAAUUCAUUAAAGGAGGAUUUUGUUCACCUAUCUAUGAAAAGUGCACAAAGAAAAAGAGAUGAAUGUGACAAGAUUUACCCACAAGGGCAUAAAAAUAUAGGAAUUAAAGAAAAUGUUAAGGUUAUAACUUUAAAUAAUAUAUACAAAAUGGAAAGUGCAAACUCUUACAUUCCAAUUGAUUAUACAGUUUCAGGCGAUGAGAAAUUCUGCAUAUACUGUUGA